AUGAAGUUCACUAACAUCGCCUUGGCUGCCAGUGCCGCAACUCUGGCCUGCGCAUACCCUCGCGGACGGGAAGUUGUUAGCACCAAGCAGAGCGCUGCUGUCAGCAAGCGUGCCAAUGGAUUCACCUGGGUCGGCGUCAGCGAGUCUGGUGCUGAGUUCGGCCAGGGCAACAUCCCCGGUACCCUUGGCACUGACUACACCUGGCCCGAGACCUCCAAGAUCCAGGUCUUGAGAGAUGCAGGCAUGAACAUCUUCCGUGUUCCUUUCUUGAUGGAGCGCUUGGUGCCAUCCAGCAUGACCGGCACUGCGGAUGCGACUUACCUGGCUGCUUUGAAGAAGACAGUCACAUUCAUCACUGACAGCGGUGCCUACGCUGUUCUUGACCCCCACAACUACGGAAGAUACGCUGGAAGCGUCAUCACCUCCACUGAUGACUUUAAGGCCUUCUGGAAGACCGUUGCUACUGAGUUUGCCUCCAACUCCAAGGUUGUCUUCGACACCAACAACGAGUACCACGACAUUGACCAGACCCUUGUCCUGAACCUGAACCAGGCCGCCAUCAACGGUAUCCGUGCUGCCGGCGCCACCUCCCAGUACAUCUUCGUCGAAGGCAACGCCUGGAGCGGAGCCUGGUCCUGGACCGACAACAACGACAACCUGAAGGGUCUCACCGACACCGAAGACAAGAUCGUCUACGAGAUGCACCAGUACCUCGACGCCGACAGCUCCGGCACUUCCGAGACCUGCGUCAGCAGCACAAUCGGCAAGGAGCGCCUCGAGUCCGCCACCGCCUGGCUGCAAACCAACAACCUGAAGGGCUUCAUUGGCGAGUUCGCCGGCGGUGUCAACAGCGACUGCGAGGCUGCCGUCGAGGGCAUGCUCUCCUACAUGUCCGACAACACCGACGUCUGGAUGGGCGCCGAGUGGUGGGCUGCUGGUCCUUGGUGGGGUUCUUACAUGUACAGCUUGGAGCCCACCGACGGCCCUGCUUACUCGACCUACCUGCCCAUCCUUGAGAAGUACUUCGUCGACGGUACUUCUUCUGCCUCCACCUCCACCUCCUCUUCUUCCUCUUCCACCUCCACCGCCAGCGCCACCAAGACCAUCGCCCAGAGUUCUACCACCACCGCCGCGAUCGAGGUCACCAGCACCCCCAGCAGCCAGGUCGAGAUCGUCAGCUCUGUCGCUCCCGUCGCUGUCGAGUCUUCCUCCGCUCCCGUUGUUGCCCCUACCACCCUGACCUCCAUCGCCGUUGAAGUCCCCACUGCCACCGCCACUGCCGCCCCUACUACUCUCGCCCCCUCUACUACCCAGGCUGCUACCCAGUCUGCCACACAGUCUGCCUGCAGCAACGGCAGCGCCUCUGCUAGCGGAUCCGCCAAGAAGUACUACCAGUGCGGUGGUAUCAACUGGACUGGUGCCACUUCUUGCGAAUCUGGCUCCACUUGCGUCAAGCAGAACCCUUACUACUACCAGUGUCUUUAA